AUGGGUGGAUCUAGUUCUCGUAAAGCAAAGAAUACACCUAUUCCAACUUAUUCAGUCGGUCUCAAUCGGCCAGUUGGUCAACUUAACACUGGUAUUGGAAAUGCAUCACCUGCAAAUCGUGAUCCGCAACGAGACCUUAUGCAAGCCAAUCAGACGAUUGCUAAUCUAACUAAUCAAAUUCAAGCUAUGCAACGUGGAGGUGGUUCACCGGUGCCUUUUGGUGGUUAUUCACCACCUUAUGGAAUUCAACCACCUGCACCCUAUGGUGGUUAUUCACCGCCUUAUGGUGGUUACCCACCACAAUAUGGUGGACCGCCCAGUCCUCUUCUUCAAAAUUUUGGUCGACACUCUCCGUAUCAACAUCAACAACAGACGGGAGCUGGCGGUUAUCGAGAUACUGACUUUGCAUCGGUUGCUAGUAUAUCUGGAUUAAAUGCAUCAGAUGUUGCACUUCUUCAUCGAGAAUUUAUGAAUUUAACACGUGGUGGUACAACAAAAAUGGAUCGUUCUAUUUUUCGUUCAUUGUUACGCGAUGUUCUUAUGGAACGCAGCAAUGACUAUGUUGAUCGUGCUAUUGAAAAUAUCUUUCUUACAGUUGAUCGAAAUCAUGAUGGUCAUAUUGAUUUUGCAGAAUUUGUUGGUGCAUUUAAAGAUGUAUUAAACGGAGGUAAUAUAGAUGCAGACGGUAUCUAUGGUGAUAGUUUAAUACCUGAUAUGUUUACUCAAGAAAUAAGAGCAAGUGGCUUCGGUGCAGGUGCUCUUCCCCGUGCAAUAGCAGGAGAACAACAGUCUCAAGCCGGAGUAGCACAAUUCUUUCCAUCAAAUGGCUUGAGUAUGGUACCGUUAGCAUCAACAGGUAUUCAACAAAUGCCACUUAAUUAUGGCGGUGCAGUACCUCUACAAAUAUCAAAUGCACAAGCACCAUUAAUUACUCUUGAUCAAAGUCAAUCAUCGUUUGUAAUCGCAACUCCUGGACAAUAUUUGAUAACACAACCUACAGCUUUACAAUGUGUACCGUUACCGAUGUCAUGCUGA